UUUUUGUUUAUUUAAAAAGGGUAGCCAGAACACCCAGUUCCUCUAAGCCCUCCUUGGCUACAGAUUCAACACACUUAAUGAUGGAAGGGGAACUUAUUUGUGCAUUGAGGACUUGUACAAACUGGAAUCACAAUAUUUUGAUUACAUUUAUAUGCUGCUUUCCCUAUGCAAAUUCUAGGUUACAAGACAGCUCUGUAACAACAUGCCUGCAUUGGCGAAGUAGUCGGGGGAUGAACAAUGCUCAGGCAAACAACAGUCACUGUCGCUGUGGCCACCCUGUUAGGCAUCGCAGCUGGAGGCCUGGUUUUCUGGAAAAUCAUCCAGCGUCGCAAAGGCAGAACUUGCACUGCACUUAAACAAGGAGGAACUGUUAAAGAACAAGAAAAGGAAGACUCCUCAGAAGAUCAUAUCCUUUCAUUCAUAUCAUCUCCUUUAAUCCCCUGGGUAGAGAAGAUUCUUGAGGCAAAAGUGCUGAUAAUUUCUGAGGCAGAGAAAUGGAAUGAAAUAGAAUCAUUAUUAAAGGAGGAGGUGGAUCAUUGUCCAGUCCUUGGAAUUGACUGUGAAUGGGUGUCAGCAGAAGGGAAGAAAGCCAAGCCUGUUUCUCUCUUGCAAAUGGCUUCCUUCAGUGGUCUUUGCAUUCUUCUUCGCUUGCCUCAGUUGACUGCUGGUGGACAGGUCCUUCCAAAGGCUUUGCUGGAGAUCCUGGCAGAUGGUCGCAUUCUAAAGGUUGGGGUAGGGUGUUGGGAAGAUGCCUGCAAGUUACUUCAUGACUAUGGUGUAACGGUCAAAGGAACUGUGGACCUCCGGUAUUUGGCCAUGAGACAGAGUAAGGCCCUUCCCCAAAAUGGACUCAGCCUCAAAUCUCUUGCUGAGAGGAUCCUCAACUACUCUCUUGACAAGUCUCUUCACCUGUGCUGCAGCAACUGGGAGGCAGAACAGCUGACUCAAGACCAGAUUGCUUAUGCUGCCAGGGAUGCUCAGGUGUCGGUAGCUCUGUUUCUCCAUCUGCUGCGACUGCCCUUCAUGUGCCCUGUAACCAGUGGUGAAUAUGCUCUUCCUGCUUGGGAAAAGGUCCUGAAGAAGUGCCAGGGUUUGGUGGAUGUGCCCUUCAAAGGAAGAAACAGCAGUAGUCAUGGAGAUGUUGAACAGGCAGAAGACUCUGAGCUAAAACAAAAGGAUCAGAAACCUCUAGCGAAUGGUCAGUCCCCAGCUAACCAGCAAACGAAAGAUCCCCGAAAGCACAAGCGGAAGCCCCUGGGAGCAGGAUAUUCUGCUAGGAAAUCUCCCUUGUAUGACAAUUGCUUCUUACACGCACCGGAUGGGCAGCCUCUGUGUACCUGUGAUCGAAAGAAGGCUCAGUGGUAUCUUGACAAGGGGAUUGGAGAGUUGAUUAGCACAGACCCUUUUAUUGUAAAGCUACAAUUUGAACCUGCUGGGCGCCCUGAAUCUAAAGUGGAUUAUUACUUGACAGUCAAAGAGAAUCUGUGCGUUGUGUGUGGCAAAAGAGAAUCGUAUAUUCGAAAAAACAUAGUCCCACACGAGUAUCGGAAACACUUCCCCAUCCAGAUGAAGGACCACAAUUCCCAUGACGUGCUCCUCCUCUGCACCACCUGUCAUGCUGUCUCCAAUUACCAUGACAACCAUCUCAAGCUGCAGCUGGCCGAGGAAUUUGGUGCCCCCCUUGGCUGUGAGGAGGGCGUGCGCCUGCUUGAAGAUCCCAUCCGCAGGCAAGUCCGUUCAGGGGCUCGGGCGCUCUUGAAUGCGGACAGCUUGCCUGAUCCUAGGAAAGAGGAGUUGUUGCAGGUGGUCAAGGACUACUUUAACUCCACAACCAUUUCCCCAGAGAUGCUACAGGAAGCAGCUGGACUGGAGACCAGGAUUUUUAAUGAGAGCUACGUGCCACAUGGCCUGAAAGUGGUGCAGUGUUUUGCACAAGGGGGCCUGUGCUCCCUCAUGCAGCUGGAGAGACGUUGGCGCCAGCACUUCCUGGAUGUGAUGCAGCCCAAGCAUCUCCCAAAGCAGUGGUCUGUUGAUCACAACCAUGACAAGUUGAUCAGAAAAUAUGGAGAGGAUCUCCAGGUUGAACUCUCAUGAUGGUUGGCGCUUCCAGAAGAAGGAUAAACAGACUGGGUGAUGGACUUGGAAAAAUUAACUGAAGCCUCUUGCUUUCUUUUAGACUCCCAUGUUGUACGGGCAUGUUAAUGCUCAGAUUUCCUGUUGCUUAGAAAUUGUUCUCACUGUCCAUUGGCAAAACUGUUGUAAGGUUAACACAUUUUAAAUGAAUUUUUAAUUAAAAUUUGAAUGGAUGUCA